AUGCUGAUUGACCAACACAAACAGUCCAGUGAAAGAGAGAUAGCAGGCCAGACACUUAUCCAACCACAGCAGCAACAGCAGCAGCAAUUUUUGGCUCAUCUUUUUUCUUUUCCCCACUUCUUCAAUCGUUUCCUAUCGCUUGAAUUCAUUUCUCCCUCUCUUUAUAAGACAUGGGUUCUGUUUUCUUUUCUUUCUGUUCAUUCUAGAAAGGAUCUCUUUCUUUGUCGAUCUUUUCAAAAACUAUCUUAUUUCUCACUUCCUUUUUUUUCCAACACUGUUUGUCUUUUUCUUUAUAACUUCCUUCUUAUCUAUAUCCCUCCCACCCUGUUAUUUCAUCCACUUUUCUAUCUUCCUCAACAUUUUUUUAUUCCUUCUCUUUUUUUCUCUAUUUUCUUUUUUUUUUUUAUAAUUCCUUUUUCUUCUUCUUUUCUCUUUUCCUCUUUUGGACCUUUUCCUUCUUUCUUUCCCUUUCUUUUUUCUUUCAAUAGAACACUUCUCAGAGAACUGUUGUUUACUUUUGUCUGGGGGACCAACAGAAGAAGAAAUAGUAGAAGCCAAACAAUAAACUCAUGUCAAAUGCUUUCCCUCUCUUUCUUAAUGAUUCUUUUUCUCUUCAAACAAGUCUUUUCCUCUCUCUCUCUUAAUCAUUCCUUCUUUCUCUCUAUAUAA